AUGUCGUGGUCCACACCAAACGAUUACAAGUCGCGACCAGUCGUGGUACUCGGCGGCGGCGUCUUGGGAAGGAGAAUCGCUGCUUGCUGGGUCGCCGCUGGCUGGCACGUUCGCGUGCGCGACCCUUCCGAGAAAUCCAGGAAUGAUGCUGUUUCUUAUGUCGAAGAGAACAUCAACACUUACCUUGCACUUACCAAAGGAACCAAAGGACAAUGUGUCGCCGUUGCGGACCUCGAGGAAGCUGUGAAGGACGCCUGGCUCAUCUUCGAAGCAGUGCCUGAGAUUCUGGCGCUGAAAGAGGACACUUUCGCAGACCUGGAGAAACUCGCACCCGCCGACUGUAUCCUGGCAUCCAACAGCUCUUCCUACAAGUGCAGCGAAUUGCUUGCUAAGGUUUCUCAAUCGACGAAGGAGCGUGUGCUCAACACCCAUUACAUGAUGCCCCCACAAGCUCUGAUUGUUGAGCUCAUGACAAGCGGAUACACCAACAGCGAAAUCUUUCCUCUCCUCGAGGUAGAACUGACCAAGGCUGGUCUCCAUCCGUACACCGCGAAGAAAGAGUCUACGGGCUUUAUCUUCAACCGAAUCUGGGCUGCUAUCAAGCGUGAAGUGAUGGCAGUCAUCGAAGAAGGAGUGGCCGAUCCAAAGACCAUUGAUGACAUCUGGAAGGAGCAAUACCAGAGUCCAGUGGGCCCCUGUACCAUGAUGGACAGUGUUGGCCUGGACACUGUUCACCACAUAGAAUCGCACUAUGUUCAUGACCGUGGCCUUCCGGACAAAACUCUUGACUGGUUGCAGAAAAACUACCUCGACCAAGGCAAACUUGGCAACAAGUGCGAUAAGGGUGGACUUUACCCUCCGCACACUGAGCUUCACGGUACAAAACUGGCUAUUCUCAACAUGAACCUCGGUGCAUACCCUGGUGAGCUCGGAAACAAGCUCCUGAGUAGUGGCCAGGUCCUUACACUACCCGUGGAUCAAAAGGCUGCCAAACCUAUCGCCAUAGUACACGAUCAAAAACUCCCUGAUGGCAUCGACGUCCAUGGAGAUAGAUUAUACUGGACCUGCAUGGGAAGCCCAAACGUCAACGACGGCGCAGUAUUUUCUGCAAAGCUUGAUGGAAGUGACGUGCAGACCGUCAUCGCACCUGGUAAGGUUCACACACCCAAGCAGCUCUACAUCGACCAAGAAAGUCAAAAGCUUUACUUCUGCGAUCGCGAAGGUCUACGCGUUCAUCGCUCGAAUCUGGAUGGCUCUGAGCACGAAAUCCUUGUUCAGACUGGAGAUUGGGAAACUGAGAAGGACAAGGUCGCCGAUCAGAGAAACUGGCCGGUUGGAAUUACUGUGUCCAAGAAGUUGAACAGAUUGUUUUGGACACAGAAGGGCUCUCCGAAAUCGAACCAGGGUCGCAUCUUAUCGGCAGGGCUCGAGUCACCAUCUGAUCCCAGUGCACGAAACGACAUAGAAAUCGUUAUGCAGGGUCUUCCUGAGCCGAUCGACCUCGAAUUCGAUGACGAGGAAGGUGUAUUGUACUGGACGGAUAGAGGUGAACUUCCACUCGGCAACACCCUCAACAGAAAAACUCUCACAGGCCCAGUGCCUGCCACAGAGAAGACUUUUGGCCGUCAAUUGAUUGCUCAAGGAUUCGGUGAAGCUAUUGGCUUGCGUCUCAACAAGAAAAAGCAGUGCAUCUAUGUCGCAGACCUUGCCGGACGCAUAUGGCAGUGCGGUACUGGUCCUGGUCCAAAGACUAAGAUUUAUGAAGCAGGAGGUCAUGCAUACACGGGCAUUGCUAUUAUCAACUACUAG